CGCUGCGGCUCUGCCCUCGCCUCGGGCUUUGGCCGAGGGGAGCCCCGUCCGCCCGCCCCGUCCCCAUCCCCGGCAGGCAGGCAGGCAGGCGGCCCGCGGCGCAACGUAGGGCGGCGGGGUGCCGGGCCCCCUCAGCCGUCGGCCGCGAUUCCACGGCAGUUGGUGCCCGAUCUUUACAAAAGCUUCCGUGGUGUCCUAGCCGUGCCGCGAUGUGAUGGACGUGAAGGAGAUUAUCGAUCUCACCAAGGAGGACACAAACUCAGAGCCGCUGCCGUGGAGCUGCAUCCCCAUCAUUGACCUGACAAACGAGGACAGCUGUAGUCCUCCCCCAGCUGCAGACUGUACUGUCCAGGAGCAGGUGUCUACUUCCCACAUCAUACACACAUCCCCUCUCCAGCUUUGCUUCAUCACAAAGCAAGAGGAGGAGGUGAGUGCAGAGCUGAGCCCUGCAGCACGCUUUCAUGGCAAUCCCGUGCAGCCUGGUGCUGCCAUGGACACAGUAGGAAAAGUGGAGAACAAGAGCAGCUUCUCCCCUGCCUCCAGCCACCACAGCUCCUCCUGCAGCCCAGAGCCAGGUUGCAGCACCACCAUGUAUAACAGAGACUCGAGCUCCCGGGCCAGCACGCAACUGGACCAAGUACUGUUCUCCCCCUCCCCGUCCAGCCUGGACAGCAAUGGCAGCACAUGUGGCAUAGAGGAGCUCCCCCCAAGACUGAGCCCUGCCCCAGCCAGCAUCACUGAGAGCCCAAGGAAGGCCAAAGGGACUUUUCUGGAAGCAUGCGGCUCACAAGAAGCAAGGCAACGAGUGACCCCAGCCAGGACUAAUGUUGACAGCAUGGUCUGGCUAAACAAACUGCGCUAUUUCAGGAGAAGCGGAGUCCAGCACCUCUUCUUCCAUGGCACAGCAUCUGACAAGGAAACGCCACAGCGGAAACCCAAGCUCAUCCCCAGCAGUAAGAUGAGCAUGGUACGCACCACCAUGGAGGAGAACUUCCUGGAGGGAACCUUGCAUUUCCUGAGUGACUUCAUCUCCCGCCAGCACUGCCCCCCCAAAGAAAUCAUCUCCCAUCUGAUCAGACAGAUCCUGUUGAACUCCGACCAGGAAGAGAUCCUUCAGAACACCUACACACUGCUGAUGAAGAUCCAAAUGCUCCAUCCAGCCAACACUGCCACAGUAGGAUGGGACUGGACGCUGCUGAAGUACACCAUGGAGAACCAGGAAAAGCUCCCUGGACGACUCCUCUUCCUGCAAUAUGUGGUGCAGACCCUGGAGGAUGACUUCCAGCAGAACCUGAGGCUGCACCUGCUGCAGAAGUCAAUAACCAAGAAAGUGCUUUCCUGUGACACAUGCUUCAGCAAUGUGAAGGAGGUGGUUGAAUGGCUGGUUGCAGUAGUGACAGGAACCAGAUUCUUCCAACUGCAGGAGCGGACACAAGAAACGACAUGCUUGUCAGCAGGAACUGAACGUAGCUUAUCUGCAGCACAGCCAGCCAGCACUGACCAAGCAGAGCUGGCUCCACCAACAUUCUUCGCCCAGAAGGCAAUGCUCCUCCUCCAGCGCAUGUUGUCCUUUGCAGUGGAAGUGGACAGAUCUCCCAACUGCAGCUCCUGUAAGAUCGCAGAUGUAAUAUUCCCAUUUAUACUGAAUAUUCCUGUGAGGAGCCAAAGGGAAGCCCUCUUAAACACCAUGGAGAGCAACCUCCUGCGCUGCAAACUGCUAGAGAUGAUAUUCCAGCACAGUUGUGAUGUGCCCACAAACUUGCCCUUGUCUCUGUCUAAGAUCCUCUAUUUCCUGGGCCACUCCUCUGUGCUGCUGCAAUACCAGGAUGGAGUAGCAACAUGGCAAAAAUGGGAUGAGCUGCUGCAGUACCUGAGUUUGCUGCUGCUGAGUUACCAAAAUGUAAUAUCAGAGCACUUACGGAGCUCACUCAGUGAGCGGAUGGACUUAAUCAUUCAGAAAGCCAAGCCCAAGCUCCAGGAUGAUGAUGAUAUCAGCCAGCUGGACAUUCAUCUGAAGAUAAAGGACUUCCUUGGCCGAAUGGAGCAGGUCCUGGAGCAGCCCUUCCCUGUGCAAAUCAAGGAGAAAGUGUGCAUGCUCAAAAAACUGCUUCUCGUUGUCACUGCUACCUGAUGGAGCCAACCACGGUGGGAGAAAGCACAAAACUGUGAACUUAAAAACCUGUCUCAUGCUGCAGUUUCGUGUGUCAUCUGUCAUGCUACAUGUUUGGAAAAAAAAACUGGUUUGUAGUCUCAAUUUCAUUUCAAACUUGUAUCAUCCUACAGUUUUACAAAGCACUUUGUGUAUCUUUAAAAAAUAAAUUAUUUCUGUAUCUACUGA